UGAUGCCCCACUUCUUAUGGUUGGAAUGGAAUCAUAUAGUAGGUUUGUAUUUUAUGGAGAUUGAUCAAUUGGUUACAAUUCACAUGCUAAAAGCUUUGCAGAAAUUAAAGAGUUUGUUUUAGUUAGAAUAGUUGGAAUGGUGAUCCAUGUGUUCCACAGCAUCCAUGGAGUGGAAUUGGCUGAUUAAUAAGGCUGGAAUGCAAAGCCAGAAUGGGCUGGAAAGUCUGGAAUGCAAAGCUAGGAAUAGGAAUGAAUAAGACAUCAAGUACAGUUGUUUAUUGGUGUAUUAGAUGUGUAUAUAUGGCGUAUUAGAUGAUACUUGAUACAUCAAGUACGGUUGUUUUGGUGUAUUAGAUGUUUAUAUAUGGUGUACUAGAUGAUUGUAUGUAAUGAUUGUAUGGGAUGGUAUAAGAUACAUAUAAUACGGUUAAAUAGCCGUACUUUAUUAUGCAUGUAAUCUAAUACACCCCUCUACUAGUACGCCUGCUAUGUACGUACUAUAUUCAUAAUUUCAACCGUACUCUAUUAACCUUUUUCUAGUAGUGCCCGUUUAUUUCACCCCAGUUCACAAAACGAUUUUUUUUUUAAUUAUCUUUUGUAACCAAAAAAUCUUUUCAUCUACUCAUAAAGAAACAAUGGACAAUGUGCUUUCUACCAAAUUUCUGGUUCAAAGGUUUUUACCAAAACGAACACUUUUGCGUAUAUUUCUUCUUUUUUUGGCUGUAAAUAAAAAAUCCGUCCCACUUUAUAACGGUUUUCAUUUUUUUCUCAACAUUACGUUUUUAGCAAUGCAUCUAAAUUUUUAAGGUUCUAACCUAGCAAUUUCAUGAGGUUUAUCUUCUUAAUGUUGCUUAUGAAACUGCCUAAUUCGUUAAACUCCGUGUUUCUUAUCGUUUUUACCUUUUCUGGAUGUAACUAUCUACGUUUCUUACGGUUUCAUGUGCUAUUUCACUCUUGCAUGGGUAUGUGCAUCUCAUAUGGAACGAUUUCACUAACACCUGACAUCAGCUAGACGAUAUAAUUAGUUUGAGUUGUAUUAGGUAGAAACAAACUUCAUCUUCAUUCGUGAAACAACAUGCAGGCAAGUACUAUGGAUAGAGAUCAGUGGCAAAUCUUGGACAUCACCCCAUGCCUGAAGAAAAAAUGGACAGUGCUUAUACAAGUUUUAGAACCUGGGCACAAAGAAGAUAGCAAAGUUGGCGGCAAAUUCAGAAAGCUCUUACUCGUAGACUCUCAAGGGACACAAGUCACUGGCAUGAUCUAUACCAAUCAUGUCAAGUUUUUUGAGAACAGUUUGAUGGCAUAUAAACGCUACCAUGUAUCAAAUGCUGUCCUAAAGGCAACGGAACCUAAAUUUCGUCUCAGUUCAUAUGUCUACUCAUGGACAUUCAACACUAACACACUUGUUGAAGAAUACCCAGAAUCUGUUCCACCUCCAUUACAAUGUCAAUUCCAGUUUACCCCUUUUAGUGAAUUGCACAAACAUGCUGAAACUGAAACUUACCAAUGUGUCAGAGGUGUUGUUAUCAAAUGCUUCCCGACUGAUGUAAUAUCUCAAGAACCAGAUCUGAAAACAAAAAAAUAUGUGAUUAUCGUCAAUGAAGAGUAA